CUUCCUCUCCACAUCUCUGCCUGUUCAUCUCUGCUGCCUGCCUCCAUGUUUGUUAAGAUGGGAGUCAAUAGAGCUCUGCUGCUGACUUUUCACACAGUCCUGUUGGUGGUCUGCAGCCUGACUCCAUCUUUUGCUCACAGCCCCAGGACCCCAGACCAUGUAUCGGAAGCAGAAAUCCAACGUCUGUUCCACAAAGUGAUGGAGGAACUGGGCAUUGCCAGGCCAAGAAUGGAAUAUCCUGCUCACCAAGCCAUGAACCUUGUGGGGCCACAGAGCAUUGAAGGAGGCGCGCAUGAGGGCCUACAGCAUUUGGGACCCUACGGAAAUAUCCCAAACAUCGUGGCAGAGCUCACCGGGGACAAUAUUCCCAAGGAUUUCCGUGAAGAUCAAGGAUAUCCCAACCCUCCUAACCCGUGUCCUGUAGGAAAAACAGGUGACGACUGUCUUGCAGAUACUCCAGACACAGCCCAAUUUAGUAGAGAGUACCAACUCCACCAGAACCUCUUUGACCCAGAGCACAAUUAUCCAGGAGCAGCCAAAUGGAAUAAGAAGCUGCUCUAUGAGAAAAUGAAAGGCGCAUCACAGAGGAAGAAGAGGACAGUGAAUCCUUACCUGCAGGGACAGAAACUGGACAACGUUGUAGCCAAGAAGUCUGUUCCACAUUUUUCUGGUGAAGAGGAGGAAUAAGCAGAACCAAAUGAUUGAGCGGCGCAUUCUGUGAUCCAGCCCGGCGUCCUAUCUGCUGCUUCAGAGCCUGACUGACUGGCAGCAUGUUUAUUAUUUAUAGAGCUGUGAAUGGGAAACAGCUGGAUUUAUAACAUUAUGUUGUCAUAGAUAAUAAAAAAUAUAGACUUCUGCUUUCUGUUAAAUUAGAGGAACGGUAUCUUUUUCUUUUUCUUGGUUUUUUUUUCUUUUCUAGCUUGAAAAGAAGUUUUAACCAAUUCAGCGCUGCCACGUUUCAGAUAGCAGAAAAUCCUAUAUUCUAUAUCCUUUUAUUAAUGAAUGCAACUUGCCUGCAGAGCCAGCUACCUAGCAAAAUUAGGUGUUACCGCAAUAAAGUUCUCAACCCACA